AUGGUUGACACAGAAAUGCCGUUUUGGCCCCUGAAUUUUGGAAUCAGCCCCGUGGAUUUGUCAGCCAUGGAUGAUCACACACACUCCUUUGACAUCAAGCCCUUCACCACCGUUGAUUUCUCCAGCAUUUCCUCCCCACACUAUGAAGAUCUUCCCCUUGCCAGAGCUGACCAGUCAAGCCUGGAUUAUAAAUAUGAUAUCAAGCUCCAGGACUGCCAAAGUGCCAUCAAGCUGGAGCCUCCUUCCCCCCCCUAUUUCUCAGAGAAGGUCCAGCUGUACAACAAACCUCACGAGGAGGCGUCCAACUCGCUGAUGGCCAUCGAGUGCCGCGUCUGUGGGGACAAAGCCUCGGGCUUCCACUACGGCGUGCACGCCUGCGAGGGCUGCAAGGGCUUUUUCCGAAGAACCAUCAGGCUGAAGCUGAUUUACGACAGGUGUGACCUGAACUGCCGCAUCCAUAAGAAGAGCAGGAACAAAUGUCAGUACUGCAGGUUCCAGAAGUGCCUGGCUGUCGGGAUGUCACACAAUGCCAUCAGGUUCGGGCGCAUGCCGCAGGCGGAGAAGGAGAAGCUGCUGGCGGAGAUCUCCAGCGACAUCGACCAGCUCAACCCCGAAUCCGCCGACCUGCGCGCGCUGGCCAAGCACCUCUACGACUCCUACAUCAAGUCCUUCCCUCUGACCAAAGCCAAGGCGAGGGCCAUCCUGACAGGAAAGACGACAGACAAAUCACCCUUCGUUAUUUAUGACAUGAACUCUUUAAUGAUGGGAGAAGACCAGAUCAAGUGCAAGCACGUGUCCCCGCUGCAGGAGGAGAACAAGGAGGUGGCCAUCCGCAUCUUCCAGCGCUGCCAGUUCCGCUCCGUGGAGGCUGUGCAGGAGAUCACCGAGUUCGCCAAGAACAUCCCGGGAUUCGUCAACCUCGACCUCAACGACCAAGUGACUCUGCUGAAAUACGGGGUCCAUGAGAUCAUUUACACCCUGCUGGCCUCUCUGAUGAAUAAAGAUGGGGUUCUCAUAUCCGAUGGACAGGGGUUCAUGACGCGGGAGUUCCUGAAGAGCCUGAGGAAACCUUUUUGUGACUUUAUGGAGCCCAAGUUUGAGUUUGCUGUGAAGUUCAAUGCACUGGAAUUAGAUGACAGUGACCUGGCAAUAUUUAUAGCUGUCAUUAUCCUAAGUGGAGACCGCCCAGGGCUGCUAAAUGUGAAGCCCAUUGAAGACAUUCAGGACAACCUUUUGCAAGCCCUGGAGCUGCAGCUGAAGCUGAACCACCCCGAGUCCUCGCAGCUGUUUGCAAAGCUGCUGCAGAAAAUGACGGACCUCAGGCAGAUCGUCACGGAGCACGUGCAGCUCCUGCAGGUCAUCAAGAAAACCGAGACGGACAUGAGCCUCCAUCCUCUGCUACAGGAGAUCUACAAGGACUUGUAUUAAUGAGCAGAGCAGUUGCUAAUCCCCUGACAAUGAUGUAUGUUCUUCAGAUUGCACUAUUUCUUUGAGGGAAAAACUUGGCGUACCUAAGAGAUUACUGUGAAACAGCAUUUAAAAAGAGAGAGCUUAGUAUAGUAGAUCUAUUUUAUGCAUAUUGUUUAUAAAGACACAUUUACAAUUUACUUUUAAUAUUAAAAGUAUCUAUAUAAUGAAAUUGUUGGCAGUAUUUUCAGAAUUAAUUUUUUUAACUACGUUACUUCUUAAAAUCGCUUGUCUGAGUAUGAUCAGUGCUUCACUCAAGCAUGCAGUUAAAUUUUCGGCUAAAUAAAAACCUUUCUCCUUGAGCAUUUC